AAAGACUAUGGAGAGAAUGGAUGUAAGUUCUUCAAUAUGUAACACCAAGAACCAAAAGUUUAGCAAAGAACAUGAUGUGGGUGAAGGUGAAAAUAGAAUAGGCAAUCUGGCAGAUGCAAUUGUUCAACACAUCCUGUCCUUCCUUCCAACAAAAGAUGCUGCUAAAACUAGUAUAAUAUCAAAUAGGUGGAAAUACUUAUGGUUGUCAGUCCCAGUUCUUGAUUUUCAUGAUGGGGCAUAUCAUUUUACUGAUGCUGAGGAGCCACCACAUAAAAGGAAGCUCUUUAUGGAUUUUGUGGAAAGAGUUCUUUUGCUUCGUGAACCCUCAACCAUAACAAACUUCUCACUCACAUGCAAUGUCCUAUCUGAUUCGUCUCGCAUUACUACGUGGAUAUCUGCUGCAGUGAAGCAUAAGGUUCAAGUAUUAAAUAUUCGCCUUUAUAAAAUUGGAGAACCAUUCAUGUUGCCUAGUUGCCUUUUUAGUUGUGAAUCAUUACAAGAGUUACAUCUCAACAUGCUCAAUCUUCUUGAGCUUCCUUCUUUUGUAUCAUUCUCAAAUCUCAAGAUCUUGACUCUUAUCCGCAUUGUAUUUCCGGAUGAUCAUUCAGCACAAAAGCUCUUUAAAGUUUGCUCCAUCUUGGAGGAGUUGUAUUUAAUUUUUUGUAGUUGGGAGAAUGUCAAGGCUGUUUGUAUUUCCAGUCCCAAGAUUCAGAAAUUGUACAUACAAGAAAAAGAUCCUUCAUAUUGUACUGAUAUGGAAGACGAGGAUGGUGAGAAUAAUUCAGUUGACCAGAAUAAUGAUUCAGAUAAUGAGAGUGAUAACAUAGAUGAUCAGAAUAGUCCGGUUUACCUUAAUGAUGACAUAGAUGACGUAUAUAGUUCAGAUGAACAAAGUGAUGAUGCCGAUGAUCAAUGUGAUUCAGAUGGUUGUCAGUUUGCGGUUUUUGGGACUAGUCUGAAGUACUUUUCUUACAUGGGUGAUUUUGUUCAUGGUUGUCACAUUCAAGACUCAUCCUCAAUCGUUGAAGCACAUCUUCAGGCAUAUAAUGGAGACAGAAAAAUUGGUUAUCGUGAAUUGAAGCUCCUUUGGGGGCUCUCUAAUGCCAAGAGCCUAGAACUAGAUGACAAUGCAGGUGAGGUAUGUUUAUUUCCUGAAUCGGAUGAAAUAUUUUUCCUUUGAUUUUGUUCAUUUUAUCCAAUUAUUUUCCUAAGAGGUUCAUCUGAAUUUCUUUUGAAUUAUGAUAUUUGUGUUAGUCUCUUGCUGAUGCAGACGAAUUAUUAGACCAUCUGCCUAUGUUUUAUAGUUUGACUCAUAUACAUAUUGAUUGGGUGGUCUUGAUCUACAAAGAACAACGUGAAGCACUACUGACGAUACUCCGGAAGUCACCUUGUCUUUCUUCCCUUAAGUUUGAAGGGUUGUCAUGCAUGCUCUGCUAUUCUGGAACAUAUGAUUGGACUUUGGAUCCUGUGCCUGGAUGUCUCUUGACACACCUCAAGACCAUUGAAAUCUCUAUGUUUAAUGGAUCAGAAAUUGAGCUACUUGCAGUUAAGAUUUUGCUUAAAAGUGCAACAAUCUUAGAGAAGAUGGUUAUUUCCUUUAAUCCCUGGGAAUUUGAAGACGCAGAUGGCUUAAAGAAGCAACAGGAGGUUCAGGAACAAGUACUAUCUUUUCCUAGAGGGUCCUCAAGUUGUCUUAUAGCUAUAUCUUGUCCACCGAAGAAGAAGAAAAUCAUUGAGUUCUGUUAACCCUUCUGAUGGUUCCAACUUUUCAAAUAAGAACAUGGCUGGCUAUUUCAUGGUAUAACAAAAUUGAAUGACAUGUUAGGCAUCUACCUUUUCACAUGCUAGGUCUGUAAAUU